AUGAGGGAGAAUGAAGUUUUAUAUUUCAAGGAAUCGGUCAGUCAGGCGGACGAUGAUAACGACGAUUGCAACGCUGAUAAGGUGCAGAAAUCGGAUGUGCUCGACAUUGAAGGUGCCAUGGCUCGAAUGCGUGCACGGAACAAGAGCGACCGCAGGAAUUACCGCGAGCGAAUGAGGGCAAAGCGUCAGGUAGCGAUCAUUGUGUUUGUUUCUUUCGUGCACGUUUUGAUUUUCUAUGACAUUUCAGGAAUUACGCGCGAAGAGGAAACUGAAGAUGGCUCAGAAGACUGA